AACCUUUAUCCAGAUUCCUGCUCUUGACUCUCCUGAUCAAACGGGUAAGCGCAGCUCUUGGGAGCCUCUUGCAGAUCUCUCCCUGCCUCCCUUGACAGAGUUUCUUGCCCUCACCCUUGCCUAAUCCCUGGUGCAUUUUCCAGGACUCCUUGCCUGCCUGAAAGAUGUCCUGCUCCAGCCUGUGUGCCCCUUCCUGUGGGGUGGCCGCCCCAUGCCCGCUGGCUGACACCAUCAACGAGCCCUGCGUGCGUCAGUGCCAGAGCUCCUCAGUGGUGAUCCAGCCCCCGGCUUCGGUGGUCACCUUCCCCGGACCCAUCCUCAGCUCCUUCCCACAGCACAGCGUUGUGGGCUCAGCAGGAGUCCCUGCCAUUGCUGGGGGGUAUGGUGGCAGUUAUGGAGGCUAUGGUGGAUUUGGAGGCUAUGGAGGCCUCGGUGGCUAUGGUGGCUAUGGAGGCCUUGGUGGCUACUGGGGCUACGGAGGCUAUGGGGGCUAUGGGCGUCUUGGUGGCUUUGGAGGCCUUGGUGGCUAUGGUAGCUGUGGAGGCUAUGGAGGCCUUGGUGGCUAUGGAGGCUUUGGUGGCUUCGGAGGCUUUGGGGGCUGUGGUUAUGGCGGCUGGGGCAGAGGCCUCCUUCCCUUCGGUGCCAGCUGUGGGAGCUGCUAA